GAUGUGGAGCUGGGGGGGAGCUGUGCCUCUGAGCCCUGGCAUUGCAGAGGUUGGGGGAUUUCUGUGCAAAGGCUUUUUCACCUGACAGCAGCUUGCCUGUGUGGGUUGGGACAUUCCUUUCCCGGGGCAUGAACAUCCUCUCCCUUCCCAGCAGCUUUGGAUGGGCUCACUUCUCUUCCCAGCGUCGCCACGAAGACGGUGCCUCUCCCCAGGCUGGGGAGCAGGGUGAGAGGAGAUCAGGGCUUCACCUUUCCCCGUCUAUCCUUCUUGGACAGGAUUUAAAUUUGAUGUCCAGGGGAUUCACACCCCCCAGCCGUCAAACCCCUUUGGGACGCAGCUGUGUGGGAAGACGGACAGACCCCAUCCCAGUCCUCUGCCUUGUCUGGGGCACGCGUUUCGGCCCCGAGGACCGAGGCUGGGCACGACGGAAGUCACGGAGCGAUGCAGCCGCAGUGGUGGGAUGCGCACCUCGGUUCCCGGGGCGGCCGGGGGCUGCGGGGAGGCCUCGGCGGUGCGGGCGAGCCUGCUCGGGAGGUGGCGGGGAUGCUGCGGGGCUGAUUAUUCACAGCUUCCCUCGCCCCGAUUGGCUCUGCCGCCGCGCACAGCCGGGCCCCGCCGCAGGAGGAGACUCCGUGGCCAUAAAAGCGGGGUGAGAGGCAGCCGGCGGCGAGUCCGGUGGACAACCCGGGCAGCACCGUGGGGCCACCUGCCAUUGUGGCCUUGCCGCCGAUGACUGGCUCAGCCUGACGCCCGUGGAGGGACACCCAUCAGCCACGACCCGUCCUGACUUGGCGAAGCGGGUGCUCGGCGGGACGGGGAGCAGCGGCAGGUAGGGCUGCCGGGGUUGUCAUUCCCCUUCCAUUACGUGGGCACGAUCAGGGGAUCGCUCUUGCUCCCCAAAAAGCGACAGUUUAAGAACACCCCCUGAGAGUGGCUUGUGGUUGGACUUGUGUUAUUUUGGGGAGCUUCCACAUGGCUGCAGGUCCCUCCCGUCCCUUGAGUGGUUUCAGAGCCCGUGAACAGCUGUCCAGAGCUCUGCUGGGGUUCAUUUCCGUGCUGAUGCCAUGCCAGCCAUCCUGGCAGCAGGAUCACCCAGGGCUUGGAGGGGCAAAGGGAGCGGGCAGAGAGGAUGGGGGGUUAUCUCUCACCCUUCUUGGCUCAAACAGCAGAGUGGCUGCUGAGUUUCAAGCGAUUCUAUUCCAAAAGUUACCAGCUUUUUUGAGAAGCCUUGUCCUGACGGUAUUUCCAGGAAAUUUUUAGAGGUGAGAAAAGGAGCUGCUGGAAGGUUGACUGUUCUUCUCCACCAGAAAUAUGUGCAGGAUCCAAACCUGUGGAGUUGGACCUGUGUGGGAGGAGGGAUCUGCUCAGUCUGGGAGAGCUGUUCACAUCCUUCAUUAGGUAUAAUCACAGGUUAGUCAAGAUGGGGUCAGUCUCUGCUGUCCGGCACACACUAUCCUGAUCCUUAUCCCUCCUUGGGUCACCAGGUCUGUAAAUUGGCCCCUGGGGAGCAUGGAUGCAGCUUGGGGGUUUUCCAACACAAAGCCUGGUCUUUGAAGAUUCAAGUGGAAAUGGGACAGGGGCGGAAGGGACACCGGCAGGCACCUGGCACAGGUAGAAUGUGCUGAGAGCGGCCACAGAGGCUGGGACUCAGUGCUGGCAUUGCCAGACCCUGCCACGAUCCUUCCAAGGUGUUCCUGCAGGAGGGAUGGCUCUGGAGCCUUGGGCUCCUCCAGGUAACACAGGAUUGAGCUUGAACUCUGCUUUUCUUCUUUCUCCCUUUGUGUUCUUUUCGCUUUUUCCCUCCCUGCUGCUUCUUUCCUCUUUUGUCCAAAGCUCUUUGUUUUCUUCUCCUUUUCCUCUUUUGCCAGUCCUCCUUAUCCCAGCUUCAGGGGCAGGCAGAGCACUGCCAGGACAUUUGUAGCACCACCUGGACAUGAGGCCAGAGGCUCCAUCACGGCUCUCAAAUGUCUGGAGGAUGGUGAUUGUGGUCUACAGGCAGUGUCUGCAGGGCGAGAUGGCAAGGCGGGCACUGGCACUGGCACUCUGCCUGUCCCUGUCUGCGGUGGCAUCUGCCAACUGUGUCACCCAGUGCUCCCUCUGUGCAGCCCAGACCCGCGGUGCCGAGAGCAGCGUCCAGCCCCUGAUGUGCCUGUGGGAAUGCCAGGGCUCCUUGUCACCCGGCCCUGAGUGGGAGAUGUGCAGGAAGGCGCUGGCGCUCCUGGCCCCGCUGGUGGCCCUGGCUGAAGGGACAGAGCCAUCCCCGCAGGAGGCAGAGGAGGAUGAGGCAGAGCCAGAGCAGGGUCUGGGCCCCGCAGAGCUGCCGUUGGCACCGGUCAAGCGCUACGGAGGCUUCAUGAAGAUGAUGUCCAAGGGGAAGCUGCUGUCCCUGCUCCGUGAGAACGCUCACAGCAAGGGCGGCCUCAGCAAGAAGUUCGGGGGCUUCAGCCACAAGCCAGGGGAGCGAGCGGCCCCCGAGGACUACCCGGGGCCGGCAGGGGACGGGGAUGAAGAGCCCACGGGUGCUGGGGCUGAGGGGCAGGAGCAGCUGCACAAGCGCUACGGGGGCUUCAUGCGCCGCAUCCGGCCCAAGCUCAAGUGGGACAAUCAGAAGCGCUACGGGGGCUUCCUGCGGAGGCAGUUCAAGGUGAUCACACGGUCGGACGAGGACCCCAGCGCCUACUCAGGGGAGGUCUCAGACCUAUAGAGCCAGGCCUGGGACGGCAGCACCACGGUCCCCACACUGCCACCCCGACUGUGCCAUCGCCCCCAGCCCUGUCCCCUGCCCAGCCCGCUACGGCUGGUGUCACCCUUGCCUCAUUCCCCCAGGGGACCAUGAGUUCCAUCCCCAGAUAUCCCUCUCUGGUUCACCUGCCCAUCCUGUGCACCAAAGGGACAGUGCCACUCCUCCGGGUGCUGGCGGUGUGGCUGUGGCCCAGCCCAGGGUUCCCGGGGGCACAUUGCUGGGGGCACGUGUCCUCCAUCCUCCCGUGGCUGCCGGAGCACAGCAGGGUCUGGAAACCAUCACAGCUGAGGUACAGGGCAGUGGGCUCUGAGCUCUGGGAAGGAUGAGCCAGGGCAGGAUCAGGGAGGUGGCUGCCAUCUGUGGCCAUGGGCAGAGGUGGCUGGUGGAACCACAGCACCAUCACCAGGUGCUCAAGCGGUGCUGAGCCCAGCCCCCACUCCCCUCCCUGAGCCUCUCACAGUGCCCCACUAAUCCCAGCACCCACCUGGUGCCCCUGGGUUCCCCCUCCAAGAACGACUCUAGAGGAAGGGUCAGCCCCUUGCCCCAACACCCAACU